GUCGUCAAUGAUUUGUGCUUUUCCUAUUUCGUACUGGGGGUGGCGCUGUUGAGCGUAUAUACGAGGAACCAGGUAGGAAGUUAUUUAAGGAAGUGUGAUUGUGUCUCGCGCUCUCUAGCCUUUGUUGUCAGGCGCGGGUUAUUCCCGGUCAUGUUCACGCUAGUGGAUGGCUUGUGAGUAUUGCUGUUGUAGCCCGCGUUGCAUUAAUGUGUUAAUGCUACAUUUAAUGCUGCGGUCUUUUUCUGCUUUUAAUGCUUACGAUUCAUAUUUUGAGGAAUAAGUUUCCCUCAUUAUUUUCAUAAAGCAUUGGGAAGUUGUGAUGAGAGCGAUUUGCCGAUUUGCGUGUAAAUGGAGCGUUUGAGAGAGAGCUUUUCCCAGUCCGGUUAUGUGAGGUGUCACGAAGUACAUUUUCACGCAAUUAUCUGUAGGCUACUUUCUACUCCUUACAUUUUAAAAAUAGCCUCGUUACUCCUAUUUCAUUUUGGCUUGUUUUCAUUCCAGCUUGUCAUUGUUUAAAAAAAAAAAAAAAAAAAAAAAAAAAUCCAGAUAAAUCUCGCCAUCCCGAUAGAGUGAAUUUGAUUGUGGUUGGAUGAGAAGUAGCCUAUAAACAUAUACCAUUCCGACACCCUAUUGAUUUGUACACGAUCCAUCGCACCUGCACAUGACACAAAUCACGUCACACUCCAGCAAGUUACCCCCAACACUGGACAGACAUAGCCAAGUAGAAAGAUGUCCGUGGCAGAGACUCAAGAAGAUAACUCAAGUGAAAUGUCCCAACCAAGCACCAGCAAAGAGGUUGGUAGCCAGGAAGACCAGCCAAACCUUAUACAUCCCUGGAUUUAUUUAUUUAUUUUUAUUUUUUUUUUUUUUUGAAAUGGUUGGAUGCAAAACAACUCCUUUCGAAUGCGCUGCAAGCUCUGCGCACCCAAGUACCACGACGAGCUAAUGGCUUUCAAAAACUUGCCGUCUAAUUUGAAAAAGCAUAUUGAGGUUUUCUCCAGUGGAACUUGCAUUUCUUGCAGAAUAUGUGAAGACAAUGAGCCUAGUUGCAAAGGCACUGGAUGUUCUUCAGGGAGAAACCAGUGUACAGAUGGGAUGGUUGGUCCCCACCCUAACUCUACUAAGGACCAAGCUCCAGCACCUUCACGUCAUCUCCAAGUUCUGUGAACCUUUGAUUGCUGCACUUCUUUCAGGCCUUGAAAAACGCUUUGGCGAGAUGCUUGCAGAUCCAGAGCUGAUAGCCGCAGCCAUUCUAGUUCCCAAAUUUAAGACCUGCUGCACUAGUGACGAAAAUAUCCUCAAACUUGGCCUUGACUAUAUCAGAAGCCACUUGGAUUGUCAGGCCGAGAAUCACAUCAGCGAGGGCUCUCAGUCAUCUGAGGAAGAGGACUUCUUUUCCUCCUUGAAGAAGACUGGCCCUCUUGAAAUGACCCAGCAGUUGGAUGCCUACCUGGGGUGCCCAGGAGACACAGUAGAGGUACUGAAGUCCUUCCCAGCUGUGUGCCAGCUAUCACUUAAGCUUAAUACCGCGCUCCCUGCCUCAGCAUCCUGUGAAAGACUGUUUAGUGUUGCAGGGCUGAUCUUCAGGCCAAGAAGAGCAUGUAUUGGCUCAAAGAACUUUGAGAACCAGCUGCUUUUGCGGCUGAACAAAGCCUAUUGGUAACUCUUUGUUGUAUGUUCUGUGCUUAACUGAUGUAGAUCCUGAUGUAGAUUACCCUGUUGUUGUACAUACAGAAUUGUUUGUUACAUCUUCUAGUUAAAUGUGACAUUGUUGCAAUUAGAUAUAGAAUUGAACAUAGUACAUACCAGGAAGGUAUCAGGUUUGAGUUAUUUUUCUAUUUUUAUUUUUUGAUUAAUCACUUAAAUAAUUGUUACUAAGCCUGCCCUGGGUACACCAAUUUGGCUGUUGCCCUCACAGAUUCCUGCAGCUAAGCUUGGAUGUACAUUUACAUUCGAAUAAAGGUUAUUGAUGACA